UGAGCUGAUUAAAAUCAAGUUUUCAGUCGAAUCCGUGUUGCAUUUUCAAAAGGCCAUUGUCGAAGUUUGCUCGAAAAAGCGUUGAAAUUAGCCCGUAUGCAAAUAUAAUACGUUUAAUAGAUGGAACUCGAUAGAAAAAGGUACCGAGAUAUUGUGAAAUACAGAAAUAUCUAUAGGUGGAAAGACGCCUGCUGCAAGGUCAAGUGAUAGACGUCGACCUCAGAGCCUGUCAUCAUCAAUCACGUCAUUCCGUGUUAGUUUGUCAAGACUGGAACCUAGAGAUUUUGAACGGCUGCGAUUGUCUUAUAAAGUGGCAACAGUGGAUCACAGACGAUCUCGGAGUUGUCGUGUUAUGAACAUGGGGCAAAAAAUAAGCGGCAGUGUUAAAACUGUGAAUAGAAAUGACUCGCAAACCGCAUUUAAACCAAUAAUACCCAGGGAAUUGGCUCUUGAUUUUGUAAAUCCAGUAAGAAUAGAUAUUUUAUUAGACAUGCCUCCAGCAAAUAAAGAAGUUCAACUAAAACAUUCGUGGAACUCAGAAGAUAGAUCUUUAAAUAUUUUCGUUAAAGAAGAGGAUAAAUUGACAUUUCAUCGACAUCCUGUAGCUCAAAGUACUGACUGCAUACGCGGAAAAGUCGGAAUGACAAAAGGUCUUCAUAUAUGGGAAAUAUAUUGGCCCACAAGGCAAAGAGGAACCCAUGCAGUUGUUGGCGUUGCUACGGCGGAGGCACCACUACAUUCUGUUGGAUAUCAAAGUCUAGUUGGUUCAACCGAUCAAAGCUGGGGAUGGGACUUAGGAAGAAAUAAACUAUAUCACGAUUCCAAGAAUUACGCUGGAGUUACUUAUCCUAAAAUUCUUAAAAACGACGAAGCGUUCUUGGUUCCAGAUAAAUUCUUAGUAGCUCUUGACAUGGACGAAGGGACUUUAAGUUUUAUUAUUGAUCACCAAUACCUGGGAGUGGCAUUUAGAGGACUGAGAGGUAAAAAGUUAUAUCCAGUCGUAUCAGCUGUAUGGGGCCAUUGCGAAGUCACCAUACGUUAUAUUGGAGGUCUUGAUCCGGAGCCAUUGCCGUUAAUGGAUCUAUGUAGAAGAACCAUUCGACAGGAACUUGGACGUGUCCAUUUAGAAGAACGAGUUCAACAAUUACAUCUGCCUCACUCAAUGAAGACAUAUUUGCUGUAUCAAAAUCGUAGAUAAUAUUUUUUUCUUCAAUACUUAUAUAGCUUAAAAAAUGACACAAUGCAUAUAUUUUUUAAAAAUACUCAUGUUUUUUCUUUAUGUAAUAUAUUUAAGAUAUGCUAAUUUAUGUAAAUUUAGACUUGUAAAUUGCCAACAAUAUACAGAUAUUUUGUUUAAGAUUGAAAUAGUUUAUGCUAAGUUCAAUUUCAAUGUUUGCAGAAAAGUAUCGAUAUAACGAAGUCAAUAAAUAACAUAGGUAAAAAUAAAA